AUCCAGGUAAAAACAUAUUAACAGUUUAGCCCCGCCGUUGUUUCAGCUGCUGUUGGAAGGAUUAUGGAGACAUUUGGGCUGAGAAGAACACAGUCCCUGAGUGGUUUGGCAGUUACCAAGGAAAGAUCAGUGCUCAUGACAAACUAUUCCUCCUGGAACAGGAAGACUGUGUCCGAGCUUGUGCAACAUUAUCAAAGUUGUCUUGACUUAACAACCGUGGGAACGACUGAGCAAAACCAUAAGGGGUCAGAAAAUGGUGUGGCUGGUCAAUGGAGGUGGGGUCAACAGCAAAGCGUCAACAUGUCCAGAAGUCGCUCCAUGGACACCAUUCCUCAGAAAGAGUUAGGAGGAACCAAAGCUCUCUGUGCUCUGUUUGAGGCCAAGGCUAACAACGUUCCCCAGCAAAAACUUCACAGCAUCUCUCUGCUAGACCUGAGGUCUGCUGGUGCCGCUAAAACAAAGCGAGACUGCCCCCUACUGGACACAAGAACGUACAACAGUCCACUAAGGAAUAUCACAACUCAGCAAAGUCGGCGCAUCAGUGACCGAAGAGGGCUAUCGAAAAAGGCAACACGGGAAGAAUUUUCGCUCCACUUCAUCCACAGCGGGAGAGAGAGCCGCGCUCAAUCUAUACGUAGCAGCGAUCCCCGACUCCACAGUCCGAGGCUCAGCACUAGCGUCAUGGCAGAUGAAGCGAGGAAAAUCUCAAAUUCACCUUCUCCCCUUGAAAACGUAGAUGACCUCCCUCUCCCUCCGCCUCUUCCUAUACCAUCCAGACCCCUUGAUCACGCGGGUCCCUUAGCAUUAAGUAGCCUCCCUGUGCCGCCACCAAAAGAGACCUUCUCUACGUUCUACCAAAAACAGCAGCGGAACGAACUGAAGAGGAUCAUCAAACAUGUUGACCCACAUCUUCAGUUUAAACUCAGCGACGCCGAGGACGAUGAGAUAACGAAGGCUAUCCAGUCCGAAAACUCCUCCGCCGCAGAAGCAGCUUAUCAGGGCGAUGUGCAGUCCAUGAGGUGGAUUUUUGAAAACUGGAACCUGGACAAUAUCGGAGAGCCUCGUGCCGCCGUGAAAACAUUAGACGACGAGGAGUUGACAGGCGGCGAUGUCAGAGGCACAUCUCUCGUGUUUAAGCAUUUGGACAGCAAUCAACAAAUCCUCGCGAAAAGACAGAUUUCACAUAGUGGCGACGUGAGAACGUCAACAUGGCUGUUUGAGACCAGACCGCUGGAUUCUUUAAGUAAAUCGGAAUCAGAAGAAGGUGAAUUGGUCGUGGCUGUGCUGAGGGAACCUAUCCAACCAGGAGAUGUCACCGGGACGCGAUUGCUUUUCGAGUCUAAACCACUCAGUGAAUUAGGACGUCACGACUCCAACGAAGAUAACAUCCUUCUGAAUCCUAAGUCCGAACGGGAGGAGUGUAAAGAUGACGGGAUCCUAGGUGAAGUAAAAUCGGUCGGCAGAGAGAAGGCCAACGGCGGCAACGUCAACCAUGUGCGAAGGCUAUACGAAACACAGCCUUUGAAUGGGAUCAAUAAAGAAAGUGAUGGGAAGAGUCAAACUCUUGCUCUUGAGGAGGGGCCCAGUGGAGCGGUUGAACAGAAGAGAUUGAUGUUCGACACUCAGCCCUUUGACACAAUACAGCAUAACGUGGAACUGGAGAACUUUGAACCAUCCGUGGCGGAAUGCGCUUCAAAUGUCUCUCAAGUCAAGGAACUCUUUGCGUUACAGUCUCUCAAUGAAAUAGGAUCAGAGAUAACGACAUCUUCUGCUGACCAGAUACAGCGUGAAAUGAGUCUGACCGACCAGGAGACGGAUGAUAAAAACUCCCAUAAAGCAACUGAUGCUGAAAGGAGUAAUGUUCACGACAAGAAGUCUAUAUUUGAGACCUUCUCGCUAGACAAAAUCAACCAGGAACCCAUUGAGCAGAGCUCGGUCGAGGCAGAAGAACCUGUAAGCAAGGUGGAUGUGAAAUCUAGUACCAUGAUGUUUGAAUCGAUGCCAAUGUAUGCCAUCAGAGACAAAGAAGGAGAGUUUCAUGAGGUGACCACACUGAAAAAGGAGGAGGUUACGAGCGGCGAUGUGAGAAAAGCUCGGUGGAUGUUUGAAACCAAACCUCUUGAUGCAAUCCGGGCAGAGAACGAUGUUUAUGUCAUCAGAGCUGUCACUCAGGAAGAAAGACAGAAAGGUGAUGUCAAGUCUGCCAGGUGGAAAUUUGAAACUCAACCCUUGGACUCCAUUACCAGCCACGAGGAGCCAUUUGUCAAGGUCACGGAAGAUCCAGGAAGCGGUAGCGGGCAGCUCGCCGAUAGGCAUACACUCGAAUCGAAACAAUCAUCCAAGCAGUUUGUGAGAACGGCGAGUGUCACUGACAUCCAAAGUGGUCGUGUAAGGACCUCCACCUGGCUCUUCGAGAAUCAACCCAUUGAAAGUCUGAAAGGCGAACCCGAGCAACAAGUUCCCUUGAAAGCCGUUCAAAGGCAGGACAGCCGGAGAGGAGAUGUAAAGCGCUGCACUUGGCUCUUUGAAUCUCAGCCACUGGAAAAGAUUAAGGAGACGGGGGAGAGCUCGAGGUCAACCGUCGAGGGAAAGCUUCCUUGUUCUAAUGUGAAGAGCACUACCUGGCUUUUUGAAACCACUCCAUUGGACAAAAUCAACGUUGGCAGUGCCACCGAUUCUCUGUCAUCUCUACACAAAAUGUCCUACGUUCACUCAAAUGGCAUCCUAAUAGAAGCCAGUGAGAAUAAAAACCUGAUAAUGGUUAAAUAUCAAGUUGACAACGACGAAGACGUUCAAAUUCAGAAGGAGGAGGUUAUCGCAGGCGACAUCAGAAACACAAUGCUACAACUCUUACAAAGUACGACCCCCAAUCCUCAAGUGAUCCUGCUCAGAGAGGUAGAAGAGGGUAAAUUCAGCAAGACUGUGGUACAAUCUCCAGGAUGUCAAUUUGCCACCACUACGUCCGUGGGAAACGAUCGAGUACAAAACAUUAUCCAGAUGAUUGACGAAAUGCUUGUUCAGGAGAAGGCAUUGAAGAAAGGAAUCCUAAUGCAAGUGACAGAAGACGGACAAGCAGAGAUGUCGGUUUAUUCUCUCAUUGGCAAUAAUGGAACUGAGAGUCCCAUCGUAGAGCGAGGGGAUGUGAAGUCGGCAAUUGGAAAUCUUUUCAGUUCUGCCAACGCCCAGAGGGUGUCACCAUCUUGCCGGGUGGAUGAAACCGAAAAAGGAAAUGUGAGCUUGUACAAGAACGUCAUUGAGAAAGAAGAUGAAGUCGGCCACAGUAGUAAAGAGCAGAUUCCAGUAGUGAAAGGUGACGUAGAAGAAGCCAAGAGAAGCCUCUGCCAGCAGAAAGAUCAAAUCGAGAAAACCGUUUGCGAUGUCUUACCAGGGGAUGUCCAAAACACGAAGAAAAUAUUUUCAUCAAGUUACUCUUUCAGUGUCGACAACUGUAUCCCAAAGGAAGAAAUCAUUCCCGGCGAUGUCUCAUCCGCAAAGCAACAGCUCGCGGUGAGGCCAGCUGUCGAAGUUGAAAAAGAAGAAAUAAUCGCCGGGAACAUUAAGGAUGCAAUGCAGUCCUUAGAACUCGCAAAGCAACAAAGCGUAUGCAUUGGGAGAGAGCCCAUCAAACCCGGAACUAUCUAUGACAUGGAUCAGUCAGCCCAAGGCCCCGACGUUGAAGAAAUACCCGUGCAAAAGGAGGUCAUUAUAUCAGGAGACAUUAAGGCGGCUAAAAGGUCUCUUGAAAUGGCCAAGCAACAAAGCAUGCACACGGAUCGCAAAACGGUUGUUCCCGGGGAUAUUUACAACCUGUGUGCCUCGGCACAAGACAACAGCUCUUCAACGGGGUGUCCCUCUGCUUCCCGAUGCCAGCAAGUCAAGGCUGUUCCAAAGGUCAGUAGUGCAGCGAAAAGUGACGAGUGAUGUCUGCGGAGUGCAGUGACAGAGCAGAAGCUACCAGAUAAAGAAGGCGUAGUGAGACGAAAUGCUCAUUUGACUCAAAAUAGGGACUGAGGAGUGUUUCGUUUUUUUUUUUGUGGCAUCUAACGUAAAACUGUUUCUUUUAAUUGCAGUAACUUCUGAAGGACAACGCACCCGUUACAGCACAGUAAAAUUACCCAGAUCCGAAAUAUUAUUUCCAAGACUCCAUGGAUAGAAUAGCAAGAAGGCGCAGUGGCAGAAACUAAAUGUUUCGACUAAAUCCUCAAAGUGGAAAAAUCAACAACUUUGAAGAAACCUUCAGGUCUCUUUUUCCUACUGAAGUUGACUGUCGC